AGUUGGCAAAAGGAGAGUCCCAACUUUCCAUCUCACCAAAAUCAUACACAUAUAACAUGUUUCACAUGUCUCCACGGAAUCACAAACAAUCUUAACAACUUCGAUUCUAGAUAGAGAAGGGCUUUGCGGGAAAUGUACAUGGUGUUCAAGCGUCUCAUCAUCGGCGGCGAAAUUGUUGAAGAAGAAGGCGAGUGGGAGAAAGAGAGGUAAACAGAGGAGAUUCCAAGAAUCAGUUGCGAUCAAGUGAUGGAGCAGAAACCGGCGGUGGUGGCGCGGUGCGAGUGCUGCGGGCUGACGGAGGAGUGCACGGAGGCGUACAUUAAGCGGGUGCGCGAGCGCUACUCGGGGCGGUGGAUUUGCGGGCUUUGCGGCGAGGCGGUGAAGGACGAGGUGGUGAGGUCGGAGAGAGGGAUUGGGAGCGAAGAAGCGCUGAUUCGGCACAUGAAUUUCUGCCGGAAUUUCAAGAAUUUGGUGCCGCCGAAGAAUCCGACGGAGGAGCUGAUCGACGCUGUCAAGCAACUGCUUCUGAGGAGCCUCGACUCGCCUCGGUCGAGCCCGGUGAAGAAGGCUGGCCUGCUGCGCAGCCAGAGCUGCGAGCCGGCGCUGCAGUCCGGCCGCCUCAAGUCGAGCUGAGCCGAGUGGGGGAGUCUCGUAGAUGCGAGUAUGUCUGAGCCACCUCAAGCCGAGCUGAGCCAAGCGUGAGUCUUGUAGAUGUGAUGAAACAUUGGUUUGUCAAUUUAGUCCUGUUUUUUUAAUUAGUGCUACUAAAUGAAAUGUGUGAUGCGUUAAUGUUCUUUUUUUAUGUUUAGAAUUGUUUUUUCUGAAUUUAAUUGAGUUAAUGAUGGGUAUUUACCCAUUGAAUUGUGCUUAUAUAUUUGGCGGUGCUACGGUUGAAGAAAAGUCGUGUACAAGAAAUUAUUUGAAUAUUGAUUGUUAGCCAUGAAAUAGAUUUGCUA